AUGACGUACCCAUUUCACUGUUCCAACGUAGGUUACCACUGCUCACUAAAGAUGAAUGAAACAGAGCUAGAUAAAACGGUUGCCAACCUACACAGCUCAUAUCAACAUGCGGCUACACCCAAUGAUUUAUACGCGGUAAUCGACAACAUAGACGCCGCUAUUGCCCACAUUGACAAUGACCUUGAAACAUAUACCCAGUUAAAACAACCUAAAUUCCAACAAGAUAUCACUAAUAUAGAAUUGAUGAGAACAACUAGGUUAUCAAACACUAUCUCUCAUUCCUCAGAACUUACCAACUUAUUCCAAAUCGCUAAUGAUUUGGGCCAUUCGUUGACAUUCAAGAUUAAAUCCUUAGAUCAAGAAAUUGGUAAUGUUAACAAGACAUUGGCUUAUGUCAAGAAUGUCCAAUUACUUAAAAAUAACAUUGACCAGGCCAGUUACGCUAUCGAGCACAAUAAUUGGGAGUUAGCAGCGCAAUGUAUUCACACAAUUACGUCAUUACCGCCAGAUUUAACCAAUGGAAAGUUUGCCUCGGUGGUUGUUCCAUCAAAGGAAAUUCCUGAGCUCCCUCAAGCUACAAUAAGUAAAUGGAUUGAUGAUUUGACUCUUGUAUUCAAAGAUAAGUUCAAUACCGCUGCAGAAGCUAAGGAUGUUGAACAAUUGACCAAAUAUUUCCAAUUAUUCCCACUAAUUGGACAAGAAGAAAUCGGAUUGAAUUGUUAUUCCAAGUUUAUAUGUGAAAUUAUCAAGGAAACUCUGAGGUCAUUGAUAUCCCAAUCCACUAGUGGGAAGCCAGGUAUAUUUGCUGAAGUCACUAUACAAUUAUUUGAAAGCAUAUCGAUGAUGUUGUCUCAGCAUGGGCCUUUAAUCAAACGUUAUUACAGUGAAUACCCUAAUGCAUUGACAUAUGUGAUCACCAAGAUUCAACGAGAAAUUGAUGUCCAAAUUGGGAUAAUUGCUGACACUUUUUACGAUACGAGACGAUUGGAUAAAUUAUUCCAAGAUAUUGGGUUGUAUAACUUCCCAAGGUUAGAAAUCACGGAUGAAGAGGAUACAGUUGUGCCAAUAGAUGAUGAUCUUAUUCCAAUUAGACAAGUUGGUGAUAUAAUUCUGGAAAUGGCGUCAAUUUUCCAUCAUUGGUCAUUAUACUGCAAGUUCAUAACUGCAAAGUAUUUCCCUACCCCUCAACCUCCGCUCAAGUUAUCUGAACUCAUUGUCAAAUCAAAUUUCACCCGCAAGAUCAACGAUAAACUAUUGCCCGCGUUCGAAAUCUUGUAUAAAUUCUAUUUCCGCCGAUCCUUAGAAAAGGCAAUCACAAUUGAAGAGCUUCCGUCGCUCGAACCAUAUUUGAAAUCAUCUCCAUCCGCAACCCUGCCUGAUCAAGUCCCUUGUUCCCUGGUUAUUGAAGACUUGACCUUGAUUCUCAAUACUACCCUUCGCAAUAUGAUUGAAUCGGGGAUGCCAACUUCUGUAAAGACAUUCAUCAAUGAAAGUUUUAGAGUAGUGCAAAUCGAUUUAAUCAAUGGGUUCUUUAUCAAACGAUUAAACGACAAUGCUCCUAGAUACAACCAAAUGUUAUCGUUGAUUACACCAGAAAUGACUGCUGCAGCCGGGGUUGUUGCUAGUCCUGGUGCCGGUACUCCACGUAGCAGUACUCCUGAACCUUCGUCUAUGGGAUUCUUGAAAGGUGCCUCUUCAGCAUUGGGAAGUGUGGUUGCAGGUUCAGUCGGUAAUACCGUCAAUAAUCCCAAGUUGCUCAAUUUUAUUAUUUAUUUGAAUACUGUAGCCAUGGCUCAAGGAUACUUCUCCAAGGUGUUUUCUAAUGUUAAAGUCGAGAGUAAUUUCCCCUUUGGCAAGGACAAAGAAAAGAUUGAAUUGAUUUUAUCCAAUGAUUUCUUGGAACCAUUCACGAAUAUCACCAACAAGAUCAUAUCUGAAAGUUUACUCAACCUUUACAAUCAGUCCAUCAAGAGUAAAUUAAUCAGUUUGGUUAAUGAUUUCCUUGUUGAGACUAACGAAACAAACUAUAUCAUCCAUUCCACAUCUGAUCUUAAUGAUUCUAGUAAUUUAUUGAAGUUCACCAAUAAUUGGCUGGGGUUGAUUAAGCCAUAUUUCCAGACAUUGCAUAAUCUGUUACUUUUCCCUAAGUUGUUAAGACUUCUAGUUGUCAAUCUUUCAAAUUUAUUGGAAAAGAAGUUGAUGAUUGUAUUAAAGAAAUUCAAGAUUAACGAAUUCGGCUCAAUUAAAUUAGAACGUGAUUUGUCUUACUUGAUUAAUCAAGUUUGUGAAGAUAAUUACCAAUUAAGAGAAAAGUUUGUUAGAAUUACCCAGAUUGUAUUGUUGGUGGGUAUGGAUGAUGAUGAGUAUUACGAGAGUAAUCAGCCUGUCGUUGGUGGUGGCGGCGCUGAUGAUGAAGAUUCUAUGGGAAUCAACUGGGUCUUGACUCCACUGGAGAGAAAUCAAAUCAGAAAGUAUAGAAUUUAGUAUAUAAGUAUGUAGAUUUAUUCUAUAUAUGCAACUAUUUAAUCUGUUUGCGGUGUAUAUGCACUGUCAUCGUCAUCGUUAUUUU